AUGGAGUACCAACAAGAGGGUUGGCAGCAACACGAGGUUGCUGACCAGUUCCCGAAUGGACUGCAGCAGCCAGGCGGUGACCAGGCUGCGCAGCAGUACGGACAGGCCGACAGCCAGUUCGUUCAACAUACCAGUGAUGAUCACCAGCAGCAUCACCACAGCCAAACUCAUUAUACGGUGGACGACGCAGAUUGCUCAACAGACGACGGAGACAGAACGCUGUCCUACAUGAGGAAAGGAACAUAUGUUGGUGAGGGGAAAGACUACUGGCCUGCCGCUUACUCUGGUCAUCCAGGCGAUCAGGCGGGGGGCUUCACGCAACUUCGGAGGCACUCAGCCGCAGAAGGAGGGCGGCCGCGUAUCAGAUCGAUUCUGAAAAACAGGGCCAGCGUCGACGAAGAACCACGACCAAAAAAGUUGAGCAUCUCAUUUGCUCCAGACCAGGCCGAGAGCGACGCCGCUGCCCAUCCGAUCUUCGCAGGUUGGCGGAACAGGUCUUUCGUUUUCUCGGAAGAGAAGAAUGGCUACGUCGAUCUCAUGAACACCAACGGGCAGCCGGAAGAUAUUGUACGGCUAGAUAGAAAUGCUUCGGUAAAUAGAACGAUUGUGGACGAGAUUCAAGACAAGCUACGUGCAAGGAAGCUUUCGACCAUCAGCGUCCUCUGGGAAAGAUACAAGAGCCAUGGCAACAUGGGAGACAAGGCCGAAGGCUGGGCACCAAACAUGGGCAUGCCACGUGUGGCUAUGUCGCAUCUUCCUGCGCGGUAUCACGUUAAGUACCCUGGCGGUGCACCCCGGCCGACGACAUGCGGCACCUGCAGCUUCUGUGCUUGA